AACCCUCCACAUCCAUGCAGAGGAGGAGAGAGUAAACACACACACAUUUAGCCAUGUGGGCCCUCGUGGCUGCCGGCUCCAUCUUCUUCCCCGGACUCUUCCUCCUGUCCAAACAGACUCUGAGACAGCUGAUGGGAUGGAGCGAGGGGGACGCUGCUGUGGUGUCAACACGCCUGGUGUCGUCCAUCCAGGCCGUCAUGGCCUCCUCGGCCGGCUGCAUCAUCAUCUCGUCCUGCAGGGACGUCAUCGAGGACAGACACUGGCUGACUGACGCCUACAUCCUCUUUGCUACACCGUAUUUUGCCUACGACAUCUACGCCAUGUUCCUGUGUUACUGGCACAAGCUGCAGGUCAAAGGUCACGAGGAGGUGGGUGAUGGUGCCGGGUCGAUGGGAGCCGCCGUAGUUGGUUACCUGCGCAGGGAGGUCCUCAUGGUGCUGCACCACAUCUUCAUGGUGACCUUCUGCUUCCCCGCCUCACUGCUGUGGAGGCAGGGUAAAGGUGAUUACUUCCAGGGCGUCUUGUUUCUGGCUGAGCUCAGCACCCCGUCCGUCUCUCUGGGGAAAGUCCUGAUCCAGUAUAAGAAGCAGCACACGCUGCUGCACAGAGUGAACGGAGUCGUCAUGCUGCUCACCUUCUUUGGCUGCCGGGUCUUACUCUUUCCCUACCUGUACUAUGCCUACAGCAGGCAUGCGUCGAUGCCUCUGUACCAGGUGCCCCUGGUGGCCCCGUGGCAGUGUAACCUAGGGACUGCCCUGCUCUGGCCCCUUCAGCUCUACUGGUUCACGCUGAUCUGCAGAGGAGCUCUCCGUCUGUUCACCAAACACUCAAACUCACCGUCUGCAACUCUUAAAGCUGAUGGCAACAUGGCCACCAAUAAUGGCUGCAUAACCAAUCAGACAGGUGGAGGAGGAGGAGCAAGAGAGUAAUUUAAGCUGAUGGUGUGACUUCAGCCUACGAGGUAGGACCGAGGUGACUGUUACAAACUUUGGGAACAGAUGAGUAUUUCUCCUCUUUUGAGGUAACAAUCAAAACGAGUGAGCAGGGUGAAGGAAAGCUGUCAAAUAUCCACCCUUAAAUGGAAAGGGGGAACAUCGAGGGUGGAAAGAAGAAUGUUAAAAGUCCACUGUGAACAAGUUUAAUCAGAAGAGACACCGCCUGUUUGUAGACAGAUCAACCAAGAGGAAUCAGGAUUUAGGAAUGACUUUGAGGUUUGACGGGAUGAUACAAUGAGCAAACCUGCCCCAGACCUGUAAGGACCAAACAAAAUGGAAACUACAUGUAACGGUGUGAAUUUCUAUGGGAGGUUAGCAUGAAAAUAACAUUAGUUUGUUCAAAGGGAACAGAGAAAUGAUCUCUGAGAUAAAUUCAACAUUAGGCUCACUGUUAUUUACUCUGCAUAUAAACUGCAGUUAUUCUAUAUUAUUACUCAUUAUGCUGAUGACACCAUCAUGUUACAGUUCUGUCCUGAUUUUGUAUUUUUGUUUUAUGGUAAAAUCUCCAAUAUGACCAAAUGCCUACAUGUAAACAACUUUUAUAUUCUAAACACGUGUAAAAAAUAACUACAGCUUAUUGAGUAGCACAUUUUCCUAACCACUGAUUACAAUUAUAUGAUUGUGUAAUUAAAAAAAAUAGAGUAUGAUAUAGUUGAGAAUGGUUUUCAAUCAGUUUUUCAAAAGUUUGAUAAAGAUGUCCCACAAGGAUCAACAUUAGGCCCACUCUGCAAAUAAAACAUUUAUUCUCCAAAUGUAACAUCAUUAUUUAUGCUGAUGACAUGUUUUUGUUGCAGCAGUAAGAAAAUCUGAGCAGAAGUUUGUGGAGGAACUUGCUGUUAGUUCAGUCACACAAAGUUAUUUGGAAGGAAAACUAUUUGCACCUGCAGCCAAAAACUAAUUUCUAUCCUUGUGUCUGCAGUUUGACUUUGUUAAAUAUGAAGAAAAUCAGAGCAGAACUGCUGUCACAGGUCUGAACAAACAGAGCACCAAUCUGUUUAUUUGUUCCUUUAUUGAAAGGCUUCAAUUAUUGAUUUAAGAGUGAGGAAAAAAGAUUUGUGCUCACUGUUUGCACUUUUGUAUUAUUUUACAAUAUUUUAAAUAAAAACAUUUUCAGAAAUGUUUUUGUUCUACUUGAACACUAAUGUGGCCUCCAAAGAGAUGAGAGUGCCAGCAGUGGCCCCCAGCUCGUCUGAGUCUGUGACCCCUGGGUCAGGACUCAAAGGU